GAUCGCAGUACAAGGUUUAUCGCCUCAAGUGGCACAUUGCUGGGGUCUAAGGAGUUGCCUCAUUUCUCGUUUCAUUUUAUUCGACUCAACCGCCCCGAUAAGACCCCUCCGUGGAGCUUAGCGUUCACCGAAAUGGAAUAUUUCAGUAGUGUACUGCUGUUUAUCACCCUCUUUUUAGUGAAUACAGCGAUAUCCGAGAAGACCUGUGGGUUUAAGGCAUGCCCCAGCACGAAACUAAACAUGAUCAAUGUGCAUUUGGUCCCCCAUUCGCACGACGACGUCGGUUGGCUGAAGACGGUUGAUCAAUAUUACUACGGAAGUCAGAAUAGGAUUCAGCACGCCGGAGUCCAGUACAUUUUGGAUACAGUGGUUGAGGAGCUCCUGAAGGACUCGAAACGGCGUUUCAUUCAGGUGGAAACGUUCUUCUUUUCGAAGUGGUACUCCGAACAGACCGAAACGGUUCAGCGAGCUGUGCAAAAGUUGGUGGCCGAAGGACGCUUGGAAUUCACCGGAGGAGGCUGGAGUAUGAACGAUGAGGCCACAGUUCACUAUCAAAGUGUAAUAGAUCAAUUUAAAUUGGGCCUGAAAUACUUAAAAGACACCUUCGGCGACUGUGGACGUCCAACAAUUGGCUGGCAGAUCGAUCCAUUUGGUCACUCCCGAGAACAGGCCUCAAUAUUUGCACAAAUGGGAUACAAUGGGCAAUUUUUCGCACGCAUGGAUUAUGUUGAUAAGAAGAAACGCCUGGAAGACCUUGAAAUGGAGAUGAUUUGGCAAUCAAGCGAAUACCUAAAGAACUCAAACAUUUUUACUGGAAUGCUAUACAAUCACUACUCCUCUCCUCCGGGAUUUUGCUUCGAUAUCAAUUGCGAAGAUGCACCAAUCAUCGAUGGCGAGAGCUAUGACAAUAACGUUGACCAAAGAGUCACUGACUUUAUCGACUAUGUUAAGAUGAUGUCUAGGUCCUUCCGAUCCACUCACAUAAUGGUUCCCAUGGGAGAUGAUUUUCAGUACGAAGACGCGGCUGUAAAUUUCAAAAAUAUGGACAAACUUAUUAAGUACGUCAACGAUCGCCAAUCGGGGGGAUCACAAGUCAACGUGUUUUACUCAACGCCGUCCUGCUAUCUUUACGAACUGCACCAAUUGGAGCAAACUUGGCCAAACAAAACGGAGGACUUCUUUCCGUACUCCAGCGACUCCCACUCCUAUUGGACAGGAUAUUUCACCUCCCGUCCAACUCAGAAGCGCUUUCACCGGGACGGAAAUCACUUCUUCCAGACAGUCAAGCAACUGAGCGUUUUGGCCAAUUUGACCGGCACUCAACACUCGGAAGAUCUGGAAACUCUGAGCCAGGCGAUGGGAAUAAUGCAGCAUCAUGAUGCUGUGACGGGUACCGAAAAACAGGCUGUGGCCCGUGAUUACGACCGAAUGCUGUACAAGGCGAUCGUUGGUGCCGAAAAUAAUGCUCGGGAUGCCCUCCGAUCUCUAACCAACUUGACUUCGGGGGAAUUCGAAAGUUGCCUGGAACUGAAUAUCAGUGCUUGUGCCUUCACCCAGAACACUGCCAACAAUGUGGUUGUGACCCUAGUGAAUUCUUUGACUCAUAAAUCAACGCAAUAUGUUCGCGUUCCAGUGAAGAACGAAAACUAUAUAGUUACAGAUGAAAAGGGUCGUGAAGUGCCGUCGGAAGUAAUUCCCGUUCCCUGGCAAGUCUUGGCUCUGGAACAUCGAUCGAAUGGCACGCAACACGAGUUGGUCUUUAAAGCCAGUGUUGAGAAAAUUGCCAACUUCUUAAUUCGCGUACUGCCAUCCCCGAAAAAUAUGGCACAAAACAAUAUGCAUUUCCCCAUAGAAAAAAUCCAGGAUGAAAACGAUGAAUUGAGAGUGGAAAAUUCGCUCGUCAAACUUACUUUUGAUACCAUUACGGGUACCUUAAAAACCAUUGAAAUGAACGGCGUAACCGAGAAUGUUCAACAAAGCUUUGCAAUAUACAAGGGAUUCCGAGGCAAUAAUGGUGAAUCCAACAACCGAUCCUCCGGUGCCUACGUUUUCCGACCGGACGGAGAAAUUGAAGUUCUGAGUAAUAACAAACUAUCGUUCUAUAAUGGCACCAGAGUUAAAGAAGUCCAUCAACAUGUGAACGAGUGGAUUUCCCAGGUAAUCCGCAUUUACGACGGAGUAAAUCGCGUGGAGUUCGAAUGGUUGGUCGGUCCGAUUCCGACGGACGAUGAAAUGGGAAAAGAGAUAAUAACCCGCUUCUCGACCAACAUAUCCUCUGAAGGCAAGUUUUAUACCGACUCCAAUGGCCGGGAAAUGCUAGAACGUGAGAGAAACCAACGUGAGCACUUUGACCCCGAUAUGUCGGAAUCCAUAAGCGGAAACUACUACCCAGUAACCGGGCAAAUUUCUUUACAAGACGACGAAAAGCGAAUCACCCUGCUAAACGAUCGGGCGCAAGGAGGAGCCAGCUUGAAGGACGGGGAACUGGAGCUGAUGCUGCAUCGUCGCCUCUUAAGUGACGACGCCUUUGGAGUCGGCGAAGCCCUAAAUGAGACUCAGUACGGAACUGGUUUAAUCGCAAGGGGAAAGAUCUAUUUCAUUCUCGACGACGCCUCAGAGAAGCCAAAUCACGCAGAGCGACUGCUACAACAUGAGUUGGACCAACACUUUUGGACAUUUUUCAGCAAGUCUAAUGCCGUCGCCUCUGUGAAUAGGCACAUGAUUCCCGAUUUCAGCGAUUUUCCUCAGUCGGUCGAACUUCUCUCUUUUGAACAAUAUUCGAAGGACCAAAUAUUGAUCAGAGUGGAGAACUUUAACACAGAAGGGAACGUAGUAAGCUUUAACAUCUACCACCUCUUUGAGUCCUUGGGUGGAGAUCGGAUUUGGGAAACAACUUUGGAUGGAAAUAUGCAGUUGAUCGAUAUGAAGCGAUUCAAGUUCCAUCAAGACGGCUCCGGAGUUUUUCCUUCCUCCGUUGAGUAUUAUUACGCUCCUCAUAAUCCGAUGUCAUCUAAUUCUACGAUGAGCGCUGACCACUUCGUUGUUACACUGGUUCCCAUGCAAAUUCGUACAUUCAUAAUCCAACAGAAGUAUAUUUCAAAUUAAAAUAGCUAUUUGCAAAUACAUAAAGAGAAAUUGGUUAAAAUGCU